AUGGGCAGUCUAGAUAAAGGUGUACUAACUGGAUUUAUUUGUCGCUUAUGCUCGGAGAUGCAUCGGGUAGUUCUUCAUAUAUACGGAGAGGAAGGCAUUCGAUUAUGCAUUUCAGAAAAGAUUAAUAGAUACCUGUCAAUAAACGUAUCCCGUUCAGAUCCCUUACCUAAGACUAUCUGCAAAAACUGUUUGGAACGUUUGGAGAACCAGCAUAGACUUGUUAUGCGCAUUGAACAAGCAGCAAAUAUGUUAAAGGGUCAACGGAAGGCUAGAGUAACCAGAGGGGCUUAUGUGAGUUUGUGUGAGGAUCAACAAAAUCCACCAGCAUCUGAAUAA